UUAAUGCGUAAUAUUAAAUUUAGAUUAAUAUCUAAUAUUAUUCCAAGAAUAAUAAAAUUUAAUCAAACCAACGUACAUUAUGGAAUACUUUACUCCUCCAUAAUUCAAAGACGUUUUGGUAAUACAAAUUCUAAUAAAGUAGAAUAUUUUGAUACAAGUUCAUUUGUAGAAAAAUUGGAAAAUGAAGGAUUAACAAGACAACAAAGUGAGGCUAUAAUGAAUUCAUUAUCAGAAGUGAUAAAUAAUAGCUUACGCAAUGCAACAAGUGAUUUUGUUAUUCAAUCGGAUAUAGACAAGUCCAUAUAUACUGCCAAAGUAGAUAUUUCAAAGUUGAAAUCCGAAUUACAAAUGGUAGAAAGAAGUGAUUUCAAUACGUUAAAAAUUGAAAAUGAAAGGUUAUUAACAGAAAUUGAUAAAUUGAAACAAAAAUUAAACGAAGAGGUUAAAAAAACUCAAGGGGGAGUAAAAUUAGAUAUAAAUUUAGAAAAAGGUAGAAUUAGAGAAGAAACAAGUGGACUAGAAUUAGAAUUAACUAAGACUGGUACCAGAAUUGAAAGCGAAAUAGCUGGAUUAAGAACUCAAAUGGAAACAAUUAAAUCUCAAAUUUUACAAUAUAUGAUUGGUACUUUAACUGGUGUUGGUGCUUUAAUUUUAGCUUACUUGCGUAUGUUUCGGUAAAUUUACCGAGAAUAUUUAAGAGUAUUAAGAUUAUUCUAUACUAGAUGUAUUAGAUAUAUUUUAUUUAAAAUUAA